AACAGUUAAAAUUUUGUUUAAAUUUUAAAAUUGUAUUGAUGUUUCACAACAACAAUGACAGAUCAGUUUCAGCGUGAAAUUUCACUGCAGUGUCUAAAAAUAGGGCUUUGGAAUUUGACCCCUUUUAAUUUCCUUGACGCAACGCCACUGGAUAUCCACAUUGUGCUAGAUUGCAUGUUUUUUGACACUUGAAGUUUUGAGGUUAUAUACAACAGCUACAAAAUUUGUUUACAUUAGAAAUGAGUGCAAUAAAUUAUUCAAAUGUCUGUAGAACCUGCUUAUCCGAGAGCAUAAACAUUAAAUCUGUUUUUACUAUAGAACAAGCGAUGGACCUUGAAAUGGCUUUAUGUGAUAUGUUGAUGGAAUGUGCAUCAGUUACAGUAAUUAAAGAUGACGGGUUGCCGUCAAAUAUUUGCAUGAGAUGCAUUAGUAAACUUCAGAAGGCAUUUUCGUUUAAGAGGAUGUGUGAAAAUUCAGAUCAUACUUUAAGAAAUUGCACUGAUCAAGUAACGCAAAUGAUUUCACAGGAAGAUAUUAACUAUGAAAUUAAAGAUGUUAAACCAAAUGUUAACGUAUAUGAGGAUAGUACCAUGGUGAUGGGGGAAAAUCAUUUAAGCGACUGGGGUGAGGACAACGUAAGUGAACCAUGUGAUGAUGCCAGUUCUAUUAAAAGUAAUGAAGAAAAUUUUGAAAAGAACUGCACGGAGGAGAAAAUAAAAGAGUCAAACAUUCAGGAAAAUGUUAGAAGAAAGAAAUCAUAUAAAUGUGAAGAAUGUAGACAAGAAUGUCUGGGACUAGCUGCAUAUUGGAAACAUAUGGCCAGUGUUCACGGAAAAAAUUUGAAAUGUGAUAUUUGUAGCAGAGAAUUUAAAACGCAAAACUUACUAAAACAGCACAAAACUGCACACCAAAAAAGCAACGAAGUAGACAUAAAGCGAACAAGAAAUAAGACUGGAAUUACGAAAAAACGCAACUUGCCUCGAACUUGCGAUAUAUGCAACAAAACAUUUAGGUUUCACAGUAACUUGGAGAGACAUAAAUUAAUACACACUGGAGAAAAGCCUUUCCUGUGUAAUGUUUGUGGAAAGGGGUUUGGACAGAUGUCUUAUCUCAAAAUACACUCCUUUAUACAUACAGGUGAAAAACCCUACAAGUGCCAAAUGUGUGAUAAAAGUUUCGCCGCUCCUGGUACCCUCAUGACCCACGUAAGGAUACACACAGGUGAAAGACCUCACGUGUGUAAAAUAUGCGGUAAAGAUUUUCCGCAGUCUGGAUAUCUGUCAGCACACAUACGUACUCACACAGGUGAAAAACCUAUUGAGUGCAAAGUUUGCCAUAGGCGGUUUAAUCAAAGCGGAAGACUAGUGGUGCAUAUGAGGAUACACAGUGGUGAAAAACCAUACUCGUGUAAAGAGUGUGGAAGAUGUUUCGCCGUUAGAGGAACUUUGAAGAAACAUAUAAGAACUCAUACAGGUGAAAGGCCAUACGUGUGCAGUGUGUGUGGUCAGGCGUUUGCUCAGAGUGGGACUUUGGCAACUCACAUGAAAGUACACAGACCUAAGCAAUAAAAAAACACUUUUUAUUUCACCUAUCGUCACCAUACAGUGCAAAAUAGGUAGGAUAUUGAAGACUGAAGUCUUUUUGUUGACUUGUCUGUGGUGAUGAUAUUUAUUUGAUCUCAUUAUACAGUAUUUAAGUGGUUACUGUGAAGAGUGCAACCAACCAUAUUCCUAAUUUAAUGUUUUGUCUAAAAAAAGUAAUAAAUGACUUUGUAUUAUUUAUAAUUAUUUGUUUA